AAAACUUUACAUGUGAAAUGGGGAAAAAAGUAAGUAAAAGGUGGCUGAGUGUGUUGAGGAGACAUGGGAUGGGACUGUCACAUCACAACAAGGAAAUACCCGCGCGUGCUAGUAAUGGCGAUUCUUCUAGAAAACUCGCUUUACUUCUGCUAACACAACCAGCGUGUUAAUUCUGCUCAUACUUGACCUGUGGAACCAGCGUAGCCAUGUCAUCCCGGGUGUUGCUACGGCAACAGCUGAUGCGGGAGCAGGCGCAGGAGCAGGAGAGGAGGGAGGCGCAGCAGCAAGCGUCUGCCGCUCAGCUCCGUCCUACAGAGUCCACUCCCGCCAUCUCAGUCACGGUGCCAGCCAUGGCUGCCCGCCCUCCUCCAGCUCAAGUACCGGUGGAGGUUCUGAAGGUGCAAACUCAUCUUGAAAACCCAACUAAAUACCACAUCCAGCAGGCCCAGAGGCAGCAAGUGAAGCAGUACUUGUCUACUACGCUAGGAAAUAAAGUUGCCACACAAACUGUCGGUGUAUCUCCCGUUCCACAAUCAAAUUCUGCUCCGGAGAGGUGCCCUUCUGCAAGCAGUGCUCCCAACAGUCCAAUGGCACAUCUUAACCUGGGCUCCAACAAAGAAGAGAUGGAUGAUGUAAUCGAUGACAUCAUCAGCCUUGAAUCCAGCUUCAAUGAUGACAUCAUGUCACUGAUAGAUUCUGGCCUGCAACUCCCAAACACGCUGCCAGGCAACCUUCUGGAUGUCUACAACAGUCCUGGCAUGACGGCCCCCUCCAUCACCGUCAGCAAUUCUUGUCCAGCAGAUCUGGCUAAUAUUAAAAGGGAAUUAACUGACGCAGAGGCCAGAGCCUUGAUGAAGGAGAGGCAAAAGAAAGAUAAUCACAAUCUCAUUGAACGGCGGAGAAGAUUCAACAUAAAUGACAGAAUAAAGGAAUUAGGAGCUAUGAUACCCAAAUCCAAUGAUCCGGAGAUGCGCUGGAACAAAGGAACCAUUUUGAAGGCUUCUGUUGAUUAUAUAAGAAAACUUCAGAAAGAGCAACAGAGGGCCAAAGAGAUUGAGAUGAGGCAGAAGAAACUGGAGCAAUCCAACCAGGCCCUUCUGCUCCGCAUACAGGAAUUAGAGAUGCAAGCUCGUCAUCAUGGCCUCUCCACCACUAUGUCUCCAGGCCUGAGCACUGACACUUCCUUCCUUCAGCAACCGCUAUUACAAGGAAACCAGUCCGCACAGCUUGGCUCUGGGGAAGGCCAACCUCAGAGCCACCUCAGCAUGGAUGGAGUCAUGACGCAGACUUCCCCAUUCCUCACAAUACCUUCCUCCAGCUCUCCAGCUGCUGCAGCAGUAAGCGGCCCUCUCAAUCUAGAUACGUUUAGCUUUGCGGAGCUGGACGAAGCUUCGGCCUCUGAUCUUUACCCUGACGUGGGUCUUCGUGACAUUCUGAUGGAUGACGGCUGCACGAUGCCCAUCGUCAGGCCUUCAGAUCCGCUCUUCUCCCCAAUUUCCCCUGGAGCCUCCAAGACCAGCAGCUGCAGGAGUAGCGUGACCAUGGAGGAUGACUUGUGACCCAACUGACCACUAAAUGUAUGUUCCUGUGCUUUUACUCGUGUGGGACGCCAUGGGAUGUUUUCAAAGAGAUCCUUCACCCAAAAAUGAAAAUUCAUGUUGUUCCAAACCUGUAUGACUUUCUUCUGUGGAACUUGAAAGAAGAUAUUUUGAGAAAUGAACUCAUUGGUUGCCAAAGCCGAUUGGUUACCAACUUUCUUCAAUAUAUCUUCUUUUGUGUUCUCCAGAAAUGCCAGAUUUUUUUGGUGGACUAUCCCUGGAAACACUCCACGAUCUGUGCUGUCAUAUGUCUAUAUAUCAGUUAGUAAGAAAAUUAACUAGUAUUACACCUUUUUGUAGGCAGUCCCAAAGGUAUAUCCCAAAUUCAAAACACACCUAAAACAAUUAGCCUUUUUGUAGCUAAAGUUUAGGAUAUUUCAGCCUUUCUAUGAAUAGCUGUGUUGCUUUAAGGGUAAAUCAUGUGAUGUUUAUUGUUGUUUUAGAUAUGUGUUUUUAGACUCUGAAUUCAGAGCAUGCAAGUGCACAUAUUUAUACAUAUAUAUGAUUUUGGAGUGUGGCGUGAGUAGUCACUUAUCACACCAAAGGGAUGUUUCAGAGCUGUUUAAUAGCAUGAACUCAUUAUUCAUAUUAUGAUGUUGAAAGGGUUCAAGCAAUAUUUCUGCAUAUAUCAGAAAAAUUUAUUUUUUAAACACAUCUUUGCUGGCUUUACUUUUAGCCAAAGUACUUGCAUAUUUACUAACUGGUUUGAAAUGUCUACAUUUUAUUUGUUCGUUUACAACACUUCCUUUUAUGGCUGGUUAGUUUGACCUUCUUCAAUGUUACAUUGCUAAACAAAUGUUUGUGCAGGUGCUCAUACAUGAUUUUUAGUAACUCUUUACAAUAAGGUAAAUUCGUAUCUUCAAUUAAUUCAGUAGCAUUACUUAAUACAUCAGGUAUCAUAAAAAACAUAAGUAUUCUAGUUAUUUGAAAAUGUAUAGUAGUACAAUCAAAAAAUGUAUACAUAAAAUUUUAUUAUGGACUAAUAUUAACAGUGUACUAAACAUUUAAGAUUGAUUUAUUUAGUAAAAAUGUUGGUCAUUGUUCAUUUAUGAUACCAUUAUGCAUUAACUAGUGUUAAUGAGUUUUGCGUAAAGUGUUACCGUUUUUUUCUGAUGAUAUAAGGAAACAAGCCACAUAAACAUAAUACACAAACAACUUUUCAGGUAUAAAAUGUUACAAGCUACCUCUGCCUAAAAUGCUUUUUAUAACUAAUAAAUCAAAAU